AUGAAUUUUGCAUCGGGAAAUAUUGGGCGUAAGAUAGUGGGGACGGGGGUUGAUAUUGUGUAUUUGCCAAGAUUUGCUCGUCUAUUAGAGAAGUACCCUCCAUCGGACCCAAGUGGCAGUUUGAUUUUUAAUAAAAUUGCCCAAAAGUUCAUGCAUGAAAAAGAAAGAUCUCAUCUUAGUGAUCUUCUCGUUGAAGAAAAUCAUUUAAGCCCCCUAUUGUACCAAUAUAUCGCAGGUAUUUGGGCUUUAAAGGAAUGUUCUUUGAAGGCUUUGUGCUGCCUUAUUUCGAAGCAUGAUCUCCCCCCUGCUCAGGUGGUAUAUGCUGGAAUGCUAUAUAAAACGCAAAACGAAGAGGGCGUGCCUAAAUUAGAAUUCGACAAAAGGUUUGAACAAAAGUAUCCAAAAUAUCAACAGUUUUCAAAAAACUAUGGUUCAAUUUUUUCUAAGUGCGAGUUCCUGGUAUCGUUAUCACAUGAUAAGGACUAUUUGAUAGGGGCAGCAAAUUUGGUAGAACGAAAACAAGAGGCGUCUUCCAGCCGUAUAAAUUCUUUUCCGGUUAAGUUGAACUAA